AUGAUUUGCCCCAAGGCACUCGCAGUGCGCUCAAGACCAGUCGCGGCUGGAUGCAUGCGCAUGCUGGCGAGCACUGCACGUCCGACCAUAUGCCUGGCGCAACUUGCCUCAAGGGCACUACCGACAGUGACGGACCAGAGGCUAUCGACGAAUCAGAUACGAUGCUACGCCAGCAAAAAAAAGUCAGCAAAAUCGCAUCCGGGGCUAACGUCGGCUAAUAAGGAGCGGGGAUCAGCUCGCCGCAAUGAUCGAGACGAGAUCGAAGAAGAAGAAGAGGAGGAGGAGGAUGAUGAUGAUGAAAUCUGGAACUUUAAAAAGAUGGGAAGGUUCCCAAGGGACGAGGAACUUCUCCAAGUUUGCGAGAAGAUAGUAUUCCGCGAAGCCACCGGGCUGUCGGAGCCGCAAUCGCUGGCGGAAGUGCUCAAGAACGCCGACCUCAAGACCAAUCAACUAGAGUGCAUCGCCCUCCCUGGACCCACGAACAGGGGUCUUCUCUACCCGGUCUGCCGAUUUAUGAACCGGGAGCAGCUGAGGCGGGAGCAGAAGGAAAAGGAAAGGGCGGCCCGGAAGACCAAGGUCAUGACCAAGGAGAUGGAGAUCAACUGGGCAAUCACCAAGCACGACCUGGGCCACAAGAUGAAGCAGCUGCUCAAGUUCCUGCAGAAGGGAUGCCAGUGCGAGAUCACUUUCCAAAACAAGGUCAGGGGGAAGAAGAAGGCGACCAUGGAGGAGAUGCAGGAGACGGUCAGACUGGUGAAAGAGGCGAUUAUGGAGAUACCGGGGGCAAACGAGUACAAAUCUGCGGAUGGCAGUGUGGGUUCGCCUGUCUACAGGAUGUUUUGGCAGGCAACGCCGAAAAAAGGAGCAGAGAAAGAGUCUUCUUGA